GAACGAAAGAGAGCGAGCAACGUGUGAGAAAGAGAAAAAAACCCGAUACACAAAUUUAAAGGAACUGAUCGAGAAGAUACAAACAGACGAGAAAGAAGACAAUGCAAAAUUGCAGACGAAGAUAGCGAAUGCGUAUGCGGCAUUUUCAUAUGAAUUAAAUAGUCUUCGUCGUCGUGUGAUUAUUUGUUCUAACAUUCGAGAGACUGACUGAGAUAUUCUUCGGUCUGUGCUUCUGAUCAGUCGUGCCUCCAACUCCGUCCUCCUGUGAACAAAAAAACAGUGAAUUUAUUUAUUUAAUUUAAGAAUAGUUUGUGUUAAGUGUUAAGUCAUGGGAAAUUUUAAGGAUGAAAAUGGAAAUGCUGAGAAGUUGGCGAAUGGAAAUCCUCAAAAGUUUCAUGAAUCAAAAGCCGAAAAGGCUGAAAGAUUUAAGUCCUUGUAUAUAGUCUAUUUUACAUUAUUCCUACAAUCUUUGGGACUUGCGAUUGCAAUGACUGGAAUUUGGCCUUAUCUCAACAAACUCGAUCCAUCGUCAACCAAAGGCUUUUAUUCAAUAAUUGUCGCUGCAAAUCCACUUGGUCAAUUUAUAUUUUCUCCCCUAAUUGGUUUCUGGACGAACAAGUCGACGUCAAUACGAGUUCCAAUUAUCGCAUCUCUAGUUAUUUUCAUGAUAUCAAAUGCCUUAUAUACAUCGCUUGAUUUAAUUGAAGACGGGGUCAAAUAUUGGAUGUUAAUCAUUCGAUUUUUUACUGGCGUGGCUUCUGCGAAUAUUGCUGUCGGACGAAGCUACAUUUCGGCUGCAACAAAAGUCGAUGAACGAACGCAUGCACUGUCAAUGGCUUCACUUGCUCAAGUAACUGGAUUUAUUGUUGGACCGCUUUUGCAAGCAUUAUUUACGACCAUUGGAGAUGGCUUUCAAUUGCCUGGUGGAAUGAUGUUCAGCAUGUAUACAGCACCAGGAUGGGUCAAUGUGCUUUUUGGUGCUGCAAAUAUCAUAAUAUUAAUGCCUCACUUCUUCCAAGACCACAACAUUGCUGUACGCGAACAAAUGUUCAUCCAAGGAAAGGAAUCAGCAAAAGAAACAUGGAAGAGUGUUAAGCUUGAUCAAGGAAUCAUUUGGUCAUUAAUUUUCUCAUACUUUAUCGUUGCAUUUAAUCUCGUUAUUUUGGAGAGUCUGGCAACUCCACUAACGAUGGAUCAAUUUGCAUUUUCACGAAAGGAAACAUUAAAAUGGAACGGGAUUCUUGUUGGAAUUGGUGCUUUAGUGUCGUGUAUAAUAUUCGGGCUGCUUCCGCGUGUCUCAAAAAUGUAUAAAGAAAUUGACAUUCUUAUAUGGGCUGGGCUGUUUGUUGCUGUUCUUGGAAAAAUUCUUUACAUUCCGUACCGAAAUGAUUCGCCGAAACUUGCUGUCGAUAGAGAAUAUAUGGAUGCUAAUGGAACUAUAUGUUAUUAUGAGGAUGAUCAUCCAGAAGUUUUGGGAUGUCCAAUUUCGACACAGCCUUGGUGUGCAGAUCAGCCAGCUCUUGGAAUUCCAGAAUUCGUUAUUGGAUAUUUUCUUGGUGUCAUUGGUUAUCCAAUUGGAGUGACCUUAAUUCAAUCACUUUUUUCGAAGACACUGGGAGCUCGACCCCAAGGAACUUGGAUGGGAAUAAUGUUAGCAUCAGGUUCGAUGUCACGCAUUGUUGGACCAUUAAUUGUUGUUGGAUCAUAUACUUCAUUUGGAACUGGAUGGACUUUCGGAUGGAUUACAAUCUUUAUGAUGAUUCCAAUUGCUUUAUUGUAUGUUUUAAGACAUCGACUUUCGUUGGAGACUCCUAAGAAUUUAGAUUUAGAUAUGGCCAAUAAUAAUCCUCAGUCAGCGUAGUUUUAAGUUUUAUUGAUUGACUCAAUGUAUGUUGAGAAGAUAAUUUCCAUAGGAACUAGUGAUGUAAAAGCUUAGUAUUAGUGCCAAGUGCCUCCUUUAAAUUUUACGUACACAAAUUUUUUAAGAUUUAAAAUUAAGACUAAAAUUGCA